AUGGAGGGCAGAGGAGCGGUCCCCGGCCGGGCGGCCUAUGAACGCCUCACAGCUGAGGAGAUGGAUGAGCAGAGGAGGCAGAACGUUGCCUACCAGUACCUGUGCCGGCUGGAGGAAGCCAAGCGCUGGAUGGAGGCCUGCCUGAAGGAGGAUCUUCCUUCCCCAGUGGAGCUAGAGGAAAGCCUCCGGAACGGAGUGCUGCUGGCCAAGCUGGGCCACUGUUUUGCGCCCUCCAUUGUUCCCUUGAAGAAGAUCUAUGAUGUGGAGCAGCUACGGUAUCAGGCAACUGGCUUGCAUUUCCGUCACACAGAUAACAUCAACUUUUGGCUGUCUGCAAUAGCCCACAUCGGUCUGCCUUCGACUUUCUUCCCAGAGACCACGGACAUCUAUGACAAAAAGAACAUGCCCCGGGUGGUCUACUGCAUUCAUGCCCUCAGUCUCUUCCUCUUCCGGCUGGGAUUGGCCCCUCAGAUACAUGAUCUAUAUGGGAAAGUGAAAUUCACAGCUGAGGAACUCAGCAACAUGGCUUCUGAACUGGCCAAAUAUGGCCUCCAGCUGCCUGCCUUCAGCAAGAUCGGGGGCAUCCUGGCCAAUGAGCUCUCUAUGGAUGAGGCUGCAGUACAUGCAGCUGUUCUUGCCAUCAAUGAGGCAGUGGAGCGAGGGGUGUUUGAAGACACACUGGCUGCCUUGCAGAAUCCCAAUGCUCUUCUGGGGAAUGUUCGAGAGCCUCUGGCAGCCAUCUACCAGGAGCUGCUGGCUCAGGCCAAGAUGCAGAAGGCUGCCAAUGCGAGGAACCACGAUGACAGAGAAAGCCAGGACAUCUAUGACCAUUACCUAACUCAGGCUGAAAUCCAGGGCAACAUCAACCACGUCAAUGUACACGGGGCUCUAGAAGUUGUUGAUGAUGCCCUGGAGAGACAGAGCCCUGAGGCCUUGCUUGAGGCCCUUCAAGACCCUGCCCUAGGCCUGCAAGGGGUGAGAAGAGACUUUACUGACUGGUACCUGGAGCAACUGAGCUCAGACAGAGAGCAGAAAGCACAGGAGCUGGGCCUGCUGGAGCCUCUGGAAAAGGAGGAGGUCCAGGCUGGUGUGGCUGCAGCCAACAUGAAGGGUGAUCAGGAACAAGCCAUGCUCCAGGCUGUGCGGCGGAUCAACAAAGCCAUCCAGAAGGGAGUGGCAGCUGACACUGUGAAGGAGCUGAUGUGCCCUGAAGCCCAGCUGCCUCCCGUGUACACCUUUGCCUCACAUGUGUACCAGCAGGAGCUGGCAGUGCUCUGGCAGCAGCAGCAGCGGGAGCUUGGCCAGGAGGAGCUCUUCGUGGCUGUGGAGAUGCUGUCAGCCGUGGUCCUGAUUAACCAGGCCCUGGAGACCAGGGAUGCCAGUGGCUUCUGGAGCACUCUGGUGAACCCUGCCACAGGCCUGGCCAACGUGGAAGAAGAAAAUGCUCAGCGUUACUUUGAUGCCCUGGUGAAGCUGCAACAGGUGCAUGGAAUGGACAGGGCCUUCCUGAGCUGGAAUGACCUGCAGGCCACCGUGAGCCAGGUCAACGCCCAGAUCCAGGAAGAGACCAACCAGGUUCUUGCGGUCAGCCUCAUCAAUGAGGCUCUGGAUCAGGACAGCCCUGAGAAGACUCUAUCUGCCCUGCUGCUUCCCGCAGCUGGCCUGAAUGAUGUCAGCCUCCCUGUUGCCCCUCGGUACCAUCUCCUCCUUGUGGCAGCCAAAAGGCAGAAGGCACAGGUGACAGGAGAUCCUGGAGCUGUGCUGUGGUUGGAGGAGAUCCGCCGGGGAGUGAUCAGAGCCAACCAGGACACAAACACAGCUCAGAGAAUGGCUCUUGGUGUGGCCGCCAUCAAUCAGGCCAUCAAGGAGGGCAAGGCAGCCCAGACAGAGCGGGUAUUGAGGAAUCCCGCCGUGGCCCUCCGAGGGGUAGUUCCCGACUGUGCCACCGCCUACCAGCGAGCUCUGGAAGGUGCUGUGGCAAAGAAGCGGCGUCCAGGGGACACAGCUUUCUGGGUUCAACAUGACAUGAAGGAUGGUACCGUCUACUACUUCCAUCUGCAGACCUUCCAGGGAACCUGGGAGCAACCCCCUGGCUGCCGCCUCAACACCUCCCACCUGACUUGGGAUGAGAUCCAGUCAGCCAUUACCAAGGUCACUGCUGCCCAUGACCGCCAGCAACUCUGGAAAGCCAACGUUGGCUUUGUUGUCCAGCUCCAGGCCCGUCUCCGUGGCUUCCUCAUUCGGCAGAAGUUUGCUGAACGUUCCCACUUCCUGAGGACCUGGCUCCCAGCAGUCAUCAAGAUCCAGGCUCACUGGCGGGGUUAUAGACAGCGGAAGAUUUACCUGGAGCGGUUGCAGUAUUUAAAAGCAAACCUGGAUGCCAUAGUCAAGAUUCAGGCCUUGGCCCGGAUGUGGGCAGCUCGGAGGCGAUACCAGAGGCGUCUGCGCUACUUCCAGAAGAAUGUUAACUCUGUUGUGAAGAUCCAGGCAUUUUUCCGAGCCAGGAAAGCCCGGGAUGACUACAGGAUGUUAGUACACACACCCCACCCUCCUCUCAGUGUGGUAUGCAGAUUUGCCCACCUCUUGAAUCAAAGUCAGCAGGACUUCUUGGCUGAAGCAGAGCUACUGAAGCUCCAGGAAGAGGUAGUCAGGAAGAUCCGGUCUAAUCAGCAGCUGGAGCAGGACCUCAACCUCAUGGACAUCAAGAUUGGCCUGCUGGUUAAGAACAGGAUCACCCUGCAGGAGGUGGUCUCCCACUGCAAGAAGCUGACCAAAAAGAAUAAGGAACAGCUGUCGGAUAUGAUGGUUCUGGACAAGCAGAAGGGAUUAAAGUCGCUGAGCAAAGAGAAACGGCAGAAACUAGAGUCAUACCAACACCUCUUCUACCUGCUCCAGACUCAACCCAUCUACCUGGCCAAGCUGAUCUUUCAGAUGCCACAGAACAAAACCACCAAGUUCAUGGAGUCAGUGAUUUUCAGUCUGUACAACUAUGCCUCCAACCGCCGAGAGGCCUACCUCCUGCUCCAGCUGUUCAAGACAGCACUCCAGGAGGAAAUCAAGUUAAAGGUGGAGCAGCCCCAGGACAUGGUCACAGGUAACCCAACAGUGGUGAGGCUGGUGGUGAGAUUCUACCGUAAUGGACGGGGACAGAGUGCCCUGCGGGAGAUCCUGGGCAAGGUUAUCCAGGAUAUGCUGGAGGACAAGGUGCUCAGCAUCCACACAGACCCAGUCUACCUCUACAAGAGCUGGAUCAACCAGACAGAGGCCCAGACAGGGCAGCGCAGCCAUCUCCCGUAUGAUGUCACCCCAGAGCAGGCCUUGAGCCACCCCGAGGUCCAAAGACGACUGGACAUCUCCCUGCGCAACCUCCUCGCCAUAACUGAUAAGUUCCUUGUAGCCAUCAUCUCAUCUGUGGACCAAAUUCCAUAUGGGAUGCGAUAUGUGGCCAAAGUCCUGAAGACAGCUCUGGCAGAGAAGUUCCCCAAUGCCAUGGAGAGCGAGGUCUAUAAGGUUGUAGGGAACCUCCUGUACUACCGCUUCCUGAACCCAGCUGUGGUGGCACCUGACGCCUUCGACAUUGUGGCCAUGACAGCGGGCGGUGCCCUGGCCACCCCACAGCGUCACGCCCUUGGGGCUGUGGCUCAGCUCCUGCAGCACGCAGCAGCUGGCAAGGCAUUCUCUGGGGAGAACCAGCACCUACAGGUCCUGAAUGACUAUCUGGAGGAGACACACCUCAAGUUCAGGAAGUUCAUCUGCAGAGUGUGCCAGGUGCCAGAGCCAGAGGAGCGUUUUGCAAUGGAUGAGUACUCAGACAUGGUGGCCGUAGCCAAACCCAUGGUGUAUAUCACUGUGGGGGAGCUGGUCAACACACACAAGCUGUUGUUGGAGCACCAGGACUGGAUCGCCCCCAAUCACCAUGACCCCCUGCACGAGCUCCUGGAGGAACUAGGGGAGCUGCCUACCAUCCCUGACCUCAUUGGAGAGAACAUAGCUGCAGAUGGGCACAUGGAUCUGAGCAAACUAGAAGUGUCCCUGACACUCACCAACAAGUUUGAAGGGCUAGAAGCAGACGCUGAUGAUGCCAGUGCCCGGAGCCUGCUUCUGAGCACCAAGCAGAUGCUGGCCGAUAUCAUUCAGUUCCAUCCUGGAGACUCCCUAAAGGAGAUCCUGUCCCUCUCAGCUUCCAGAGAGCAGGAAGUGGCCCACAAGCGGCUGAUGUGCCGACGCCAGGCCUAUGAGGCCCAGAACCCAGAGCCACUGCGACGACACCACUCACUGACAGCUCACUCCCUCCUGCCACUGGCAGAGAAGCAACGGCGUGUCCUGAGGAAUCUGCGCCAACUUGAGGGCCUGGGGUUGGUCAGUGCCAGCAACAGCUACCAGGGGCUAGUGGACGAGCUGGCUAAGGACAUCCGCAACCAGCGCAGGCACCGACAGCGGCGGAAGGUGGAGCUGGUCAAGCUUCAGGCCACAUUCCAAGGCCUGAGUGCUAAAACCACCUUCUAUGAGGAGCAGGGAGACUACUACGGGCAGUACAUCCGGGCCUGCCUGGACCACCUGGCCCCCAGCUCCAAGAGUUCUGCAAAGGGGAAGAAGCAGCCAUCUCUUCAUUACACUGCUGCCCAGCUCCUGGAGAAGGGUGUCCUGGUGGAAAUUGAAGAUCUUCCCACCUCUCACUUCAGAAACGUCAUCUUUGACAUCACCCCUGGAGAUGAGGCAGGAAAGUAUGAAGUAAAUGCCAAGUUCCUGGGUGUGGACAUGGAGCGAUUUCAGCUUCAUUAUCAGGACCUCCUGCAGCUCCAGUAUGAGGGUGUGGCUGUCAUGAAGCUCUUCAAUAAGGCCAAGGUCAACGUCAACCUUCUCAUCUUCCUCCUCAACAAGAAGUUCUUGUGGAAGUGACAGAGGCAGUGGAUGCUGCCCAAGUCGCUCUUACCUUGCUGGAUACUCUUUAACACUAACUACUCCGCUUCCCUGCAGAUACCCAGAGCUCAGGGCUGGGCAAAGCUCAAGGAUUCUCAUCCCUUCCCCAGCUGGAGGAGUUUGCCUACCUGGCCACAGGCAGUAUCUCUUCUAAUUGGCUAAAGUGGGCCUUGCCCUGAAAUCUGGUUGUGUGGCUUUUACCACAUAUGAUAAACCCCAUGGUUUUCCAGCCAGAUGGUGGGGCACAAACCUAGGGCCUGCACCUUGGCCUGGGAAGGCUAUUGCUCUGUGUCUGUUACUGCCUUCCCGUUGUCACCCCAAUAUUACAAGUACUGCCCCAGCAGCCUGCUUUCUCCUCUAUCUUCACUCUGUACACCUCCAAAGCCAGGGCCAGGCUCCCUAUCCCUACCUCCCACUUCAUCAGCAGUGAGUUUCCUGCCCUGCCAAGCCCAGGCCAUUCUGCUACUGUGACGUCACCACACCCUCCAACCUCUCACUUACACACCCAGGCAAGGGGUGGGGGGUUCAGUGUUUAAUACCCAUGUCACAUUGUGGCACAGUUGUCUUCCAUGGCAGCAUAGGCAAGAUGACCUUCCAUUAACCUCCCAUCUCCUUCCCUAGUAAUGGUCUGUUUUAUAUAUUGGUCACUAAGGUAUUUAUUCUCUCUCCCACCCUUAUACUCCAGAUCACUAUACAGCCUUAAUCAUGGUUUUAAUUCUUUCAUCUUUUUUACCUCAGAGAAAGAGUUUUCAUUUCCCCUAUUCAGAUUAAUAUUCAUGCCAAUCUUUUGUACCUUGUGUUUCAAGUCAGCUUGAAGGGCUGGCUGGUUAGCUUAGCCAGUUAGAGCAUGGUGUUAUAAAGUCAGCAUGGGUCAGGGCAAUAGGGUUCUCACUCAUGUUUAAGAUCUCAUUAUUUCAGCUUCAUAAGAUACAAAGAGCGGUCUUUCCCUUUUCUCUUUCACCUUUGGGACUCUCAUGCCUUAGAGCUGUCUCUUUCAGGCAAUUGCUAUAGAUCUGCAGUCCUGCCUCUGCCACUGUCUCUCUCUUGUUCCCACAUCUACCCAACUUCCUGUCCU